AUGGCUUCAUUACGCGCGCGAUGCGACUCCGUACGAGGCGGCCGAUUCUGCUCCUUCUCACCGUGCAUCGAGCAAGUCCAGCGCACGUGCCUGGCGCUGCAGGAGCAGGGCUUCCAGGACAUAUCCACCAUGGAAGUGCUCCAGUCGGAGCUGAAGGUCACCAGGAGGAACAUUCCUGUUAGGGAUCUGUCGUUCUUAAAGCAUAAGAGCUCCGAGCGUCCAGUCGAGGAGAAGCCAAGCAGCGAAACGAGCUACGUAGUGGGAGCGUGGCCGCAAGCCAACCCAGGUCACACGGGGUACUUGACAGUCGCUACGUUACCGCCCAGCUUUGUAAGAAGUAAUUCAAAGAGAGCUAAAUUAGAAACAAGCGAAGAUAAAGCUGCAGAAACGAAUGCUGGAACCGCAAGUGAAAAUAUUGACAAUUCUACAUCAUAAGUAUUAUUAUUUAAAAAAAAAAUUGUAUUGACAUGAAACAAUUUCAAUAGAAAUUUACUUUUAUUUUCA